AAGAGUGCAUUGCUAUCUUUCUCUCUGUCUCUGCUCUCUCUUUUAUAAUUUCGCAUACAUCUUUUUCAGUUUUUGUAAACUCGUUACUUCAGUUUCUCACAUUUUCUAUUUUCACCUGCAUUUAUGGAUUCAGUGUACCGACUCCAGCGUCACAACUCUGAUGAAGUCUGUAGUGUGGAGUGGAAGUUCAUCAAUAUGAGCGAACAAGAGGAAGAUCUAAUCUUACGAAUGUACAGACUCGUCGGCGAUAGGUGGGAAAUAAUAGCAGGAAGAGUACCGGGAAGAAAGGCAGUGGAGAUAGAGAGAUAUUGGAUCAUGAGAAAGAACAAACACAUCUUCCUUCCAUCUUCCAAAUCUUAGCCUUCUUCUUGUUAUGCCUUCACGUUUACUUUUAUUAAGUGCUCUGUUUUUUAUUGCUCUUUUUUCUGAAACUUCAAUUACAUCUGAAGACUUUUCUCUGAACAAUUUUUUUGGGCUCAAUCUUAGAGUAAACAAGGGUUUGGUGGAGGAUUGAGCCUUAUUUUAUUGAGAUAAAGAAGCUAUAACCUAAAGCCGUAUCCACAUUCAUGUGUUGGUGAUUAGUUUCUCUGUUGGGUCAUGAUGAGGCAUAUUGGCGAUGCAGAGCGUACUUGACCACUUCGUAGAAGGAAACCACCCAACCGCUGGUCCUGCACGUGCCACUCUUGACCCAUUCCCGUUAACAGUCCUCUCAUCCCUCCAUCCCUGUGUGUUGGUAUAUACUGUUAUGUCUUUGUUUCAGACCUUUUACUAAGCAAAUAAUAAUGGCAUCUUUCAAAAUAUACACAUACAUACCUCCAAACCUCUAUGAGUGUCUGUAGUGUCGUCAUACGCGAAUAAGUUUGGUUAAUUGUGGUAUAUAUAAUAUAUAUAUAUUGCAAGUUAAUUAGAUCAUAACUUUUUCAAAAGAGACAACAUACGCGAAGAGUUGUUGAGAGAGUUGAAGUAGCAGAGACCUUGUUGGGGGCUUGCAAGAGUUGACUAGUAGUACGCAAUGGUUCUUCUUCCAACUAUAAAAUCAAUCUCCAUUUCUAAGUGGCCACAUAAAAAGGUUUGAUAUUCUAGAAAUUAGUUUUAGUUUAAUUUACAAAUGUGUAGAGUUGUAUCUUUUUGUGUGUCUUUAGUCAAAAACAUACUACACAUUUCUUUUUUUUUUGAACUUUCUUUUUCAUAUUUAACAAUAAUAAAUGUCAUUUAUCUAAAUAAAAUCAAAUUCAGGAACGUGUUCACACUGGUAAUGUAUAAUAAUUAUAUUUUUUCAUUGUAUCCUCAGUGGUUUGCAGCACUGUAUGUAGUUAUAAAAAAUCAAAUUCAGAACAUCAAAGAGUAAUCAACAUAAUAUGUUACUGACUGCGAUGUGUUCGUAUUUUUUUUCCUAAGCGUUUAAUUACGUUCCAAUUUAUCUAUGCAUAUAUCAAACAAGGUAGUGGAAGUUGGCUAUUUCUUUAUCAAUGUUUGCCGGUUGGUAUUGAUAAAUAAAUUUUAUAAAGCACAAAUAAGAAAAGUAGAAGAAACCUUUUAGGUUGACAAAAAAAAAGAAGAAACCUUUUAGAAAAAUACAAAAUGGGUCAAGAUCGUAGAAUAGUCGAUAAAGUGACAUCCUCAAAGAAUUUUCAAGUGCACAAAAUACAGACUUUAUUUUUCGAGAAACGAAGACUUUUAAUUCAUCACUACAAAAAAAAAGAAUGACGUUUAACAAGAAUGACGUUCAAUAUUCAUAUUAUUUUUUUGAUGAAAAAUAUUCAUAUUUGACAAUGUGAGACCUAACUAGAAGGUCGUUAAAUAUUUUAUAGUUUUUGUAUAGGAUUUCAUCGAACCAGUCUUCUUUUUCUUUUGUUAACAAGUCUUCAGUUCUCCUGUUUUUUUCCUUUGUUCCCAUUGACUGUCUUUACGGUGUUGAUGAAAUUUUAAAAACCUUUUUGGAUUUCUAACAAUAUGUGAUUUAAAAAAAAUCUAAAAUAAAAUAAUACCAAAAUCUUACAUUCAAUCAGAGCUGACAGGAUAUUCGACACUUAAAAUUUUAUUAUUUAUGAUUUGAUUCAUUUUUUACAAACACUGAUUUUUUAUAUUUAUUUUGCUCCAAUAAUUUACAGAUAUAAAUAUUUUUACUGAAUUAAAACAAAUAGCGAAUCAAAUAAAAUUUAGUGAAUAACAUGCCCAGCCCAAUAUAUAGACCAUACAUGUAUGUUUCCUCAGACCUUGGAUCGGAAUAUAGCUAUAAAAAAUAUUAACUUUAGAUCUCAUUUUGGUUUAACUAAGGGUCCAACUGGUUUAAAUGCAGCGCUUGUGGGUGCAUGUGUUUGCGGAUGCGGGUGGUUGCGGUUUCAAGCGUUAUUAAGCGUUUUGUAUGACUGGUGCAACGUUUAAAAACUGUUGUGUUUGCGGGAUAUUAGUGACUGAUUGAUUAUAAGAUAUUCCAGCGUUUUAAUAAUAAAUUACCCAUAUCAACAUAUUAUAACAUUAAAAAAAUAUAAAAAACAUAUUAUUGUAAUAAAAUAUAACAAUUAUCAAUAUAAUAUGAUUAAUAAAAAUAUUAGGUUUAUUUAUAAAAAAAAAAUCAAAUUUGUUGAAAGUUAUAAUUUUAAUAAAAUUUGUUUUGAAGAUUUAUAAUAAAAAAAAAUUAAACAAAAUUAUUUCAAUUUAUAUAUGUGUAUAUCUUUAUAUAUGUGUGUAUAGAAAUGUUUAAAAAUUCUAAUAAAUAGUUAGUUUAAAGUUUUUAAAGCAAAUUAUGAUACUGUUGUGAAUUUUAAUUAAUAUAUAAAAUAUGUAUAUAUUUUAUUUAUAAUAUUUUCAUUUAAAAUUUUUAAAUUUAAAAUUUUAAAAUAAUUUUGAAAAUAAUUUUAUAUUUAUUUUUCCACCCGCAACCGCCCGCGACCGUAAACGCUAGCUGGAACCAGCUUUUGAUUUUAAGAGGUUCAGAGCGGUUUGUAGCGGUUUGUAUGAUUGUUUCAAAAUGUUGUCAACUGCUACUAACCGCAAAAGCUGCGUUUGCGGAUCGUACCGGGAAAACCAAUCAGCCCUAAGUCUUUUGUUGAGGCUUCGUAAAAGUUUUGUAAUUUUUAACUUGAUUUCAAAGGUUUGAUUAGGUAAAGCCGCCAGAGGUUCCUUCCAUUUGGUACCAAGAAACAAAAUGAUUUAAAACCCUUACGGGUUAAUUUAAUUUUAACGUAUUUGUCUACAAUGUCGAAAGUUGGUGUGCAUGUAGACCAUGCAUCAUCCCUAAUCGCACCAGCAAUUAUCAAAAAAUAAAUAAUUAUAAACAGUUCGUACGUAGAGAAACACUGUAAAAUUAUAAACAUAAGACAGAGUUCGUGCGUAUAAUCACAGCAGCGUACUGUACUGUAUCUCCUCUCUCUUGUGGCAGUUGUUGGCAGAGCCAAAUAGAGCUUAGUCAUUUAUUCACCGCAAGUAGUUUAAUUUUAGCGUUAUAUUUUGGUCGUCUCAAGAUAGUGUACUAUCUCUCUUUAUUCUCUUUUUAUCAUACUGAUCUGCUCUCUGUCAUUGGAGACUUGGAUUAUAGUUUUUUUUUUUUGAACUACACUUGGAUUAUAGUUAAAGACUUAAAGUAUAUGUAUUACAUAGUUCAAGUCUGUGAAUAUCUGGAGUGUAGAACCAAGCUAGCGAGGACUAAAGGAGCCGAAGGGUCUUUGUGCCCGGUCUCGUAUGGGUGAUGAGGAAGUGGACCUAUUUUGAAGAAGUUGUUGACCUAAAUUGGACCCAUUCUUUAAAACAUAAUGCGCUGUCUGUUUCCCCUGUACGUGUUUGUUUUCCCUCCAUAGAUUUGAAUUUCCCCCGAAAUGAACUUCAGUAUUUAAGGUCGCUAGAACAAACUUUAAUCCUAAAUUAAAGUACCAAAUAUUGUUAGAAAAUUAGAUUCUAAAAUAUAUUAUAUUCCAAUUGUUUCACAAUAUAAGAUGUUUUACCUCAAUGUAUACAUCUUAAAAACCUAAAAUUUCUAGAAAGUAUCACUGAAUAUAAUUUUUAAAUUAAAUUAAUUAUUUAAUUAUAAAUAAGAUAGUAAAAAUACAAUUGCUUAUACAAAUUUGAUAAAAUUAAUAUACUAUAUAGAUAUUUGAAAAUACUGUAAAGCAACAACAAUUUCAAAAACAUCUUAUAUACUGAAAAAGAGAGUACAGUAUGUUGUGAUCUAAAUGUCAUGUAUUUCCUUAACAAAUUCCUUUUUAAAAUAUAAAAAGCUGGUUUCUAAUGAUAAUUCUUUCGAACAAUCACUUUUAGAAUUUCCACAUUGUGGCUACAUUAGAUCUUUCCGUUUGUAAACAAUUUUUUUUGUCAUUAACAAACAGACUCAACUAAGACAAAUUAUUUUGUGAAACAUAAACAAAAAAACAUAAAUCCAGGCCCGUCUCAUUGUAUGUAUGGAUCCUGUGCAUAUUUUAUAUGCAUAACAAAACAAUUGUCUGAAAAAAGACCUUUGUUUGUUUAAAAAAAUUCCUUAAAUUAUAUCUAAAAUUGCUUAAAUUUUUUUUUGGGUCCUGUGCAAAUGCUCUAUCAGCACACCUUAGAGACGGGCCUGCGUAAAUCGAAUUUAUUAUGAAAUGAGGAGCUUCGCGGGUGUAUUAUCAUUUACUACGACGUUCACUAGUAAUGCUACAUAUGAGUAUUCAUCUCUCUUACAAGCAUGAUUCUCAAAUUUAUCUCUUAUGAGAAAACAAAUCGAUCUUAGCUUAUUUGUCUGACUACUAACUUAAUUAUUUAUUGGGUCUUCCAUUACUCGCGCCACACACACUUUCAAGAUUUCUGCUGUACAAUUUGAUUCACAUUAACCUGACUGAACACACUCUCAAUAUAACAUCAAUCUACCAACCAUGAACCAUACCGCCAUAACUGCAACAACUUAUACUCCAAUUGCAUGAGUAGCUUUGAUUUUCUAAAAGUUUCACUAAACAUACAAACACCAUUAAUUUCCUGGGAUAUGAGGUUCCCCUAGCUAGCUUCUGACUAUUUAAGACAAAAGCAAAAUGGACCGCACAGAUUGCCAUAAAAGAAUAAAUUCAAGAAAUAUCAUGCUUCCAAGUUUAAUAAAAGAUUGCAAUUUUAAAAAGCCAGAGAAUUACCAUUUUCAGAUUUUUACAACUUUUUUUUAUUUUUGACCAACAUUGAAGAAUAUUUCAUCUUAGUAUUCAGUGAAAAUGAAAUGACCCCUACAGUUAGAUCGAGGCCCCCUAGGAAGCUCUGUCCUUCUGGACACAAUAUAUAAUGAAAGAGAAAGAUUUUCAUUGCCAUCUCCCUUUCUCGCAGUCUUCUAAAUAUUUUAAAAUUGUCUCAUACAUGAUACAUCAUCAGUUUCUCACAUUUUCUUCUUCCACCUGCAUUUAUGGAUUCAACGUACCGACACCAGCGUCACAACUCUGAUGGUCCAUCUUGUACUAAAUUACAUAGAUAUUCCAUUUUACAUCGAAAACCAUUCCAUUAUCCAAUAACAAGGUAGUCUCGAUAACGAGACUGAAAUAGUAUAUUGUAUUGGAGAUUCAAGUAUAUGGUCACAUGCAUAUACUAUUAAAUUAUGGUGUGAUUACUGUAAAGAUAAAACUAUAUAAAAGUGAAUAAGUGUGCUUGAUCAAUGCACAGUGUGUAGCGCGGAGUGGAAAUACAUGAAUAUGAGCCAACAAGAGGAAGAUCUAAUCUUAAGAAUGUACAAACUCGUCGGCGAUAGGUAUAUUUAUCUUCUUCUUUUCUUUCUCUUCCAAAAUCAUGUAUAAUGACUUUACCACAAGACAUGUGACAUACAAGAUACGAUCAUAUGUUCCUGCUCUUGAUUAAUUCAGUGUUAUCUUAAUAAUAUAUAUACUAUAGAUUAAUCUGUACUGGUAUUGGUUCUUACAUUUCUAUACAUUGAUAUUUAUUUCAUAAUUAGUUUUAUAUAUUUUAGAUGAAUUGUAAUAUAACUAAUUGUAUUCAAAAAACCUGGACCGAAUCGGAUACUAUAGUUAUUUUUAGUAUAAAUAUUUGAUUUCGUUUCAGAUACAUUUGUUAUUUAGAUAUUUUUAGGUUCAUAUAGAUCAGAACCAAACUCAUUAAGACUCAAAUUAUCCAACUCAAAACCCAUACAUAAAUUUAUAAUAUUUAAGCAGGACCUAACUUCAAAACAAAAAAAAAUGAUAUCUGAAAAGAACAAUCCAUACCUAAUAGUCAAUGUUCAUGUCUAACUGAUUUUAUAAACUAAGAAAAAUACUCUUUCUAUGUGUUUGGCUAAAUUAACUAAAAUAAAAAGAGUUUAUUUAGUGAAAUAAUUAUGUGGAGUGAAAACUUAAGUGACAAUAAAUGUAAUACAUUUUUAUUAUUUUGAUUUAAGCUAUUGUUUUAUUCACAAAAACAUGUCUUUGAAUUAUGUUUUAGGUUACAUAAUUUUUCACCGAUUGAAACUAAAAUUUUUAAAAAAGAUUUUUAGUAAAAAAAAACUAAUCCGAACGUUUAAGCAUAUGCAAAAUCAAGUUAUUUUACAUUUUUUUAUUUUAUAAUUGACACACAAUCAAUGUUGAUUAACUAUAAAAUAAAAACUAUUAUUAUUAUGAUAAUAUAAUUAAUGAUGUGAUGUAUUAUUAAUGUAAUAUAACUAAUGAAAUUAUUAAAAUGAGUGAAAUAUGGAAAUAUAAUUAAUGUAAUUAUAUUAAUGAAAUUAUUAAAAAGACAUUAUACUUUUUUUCUAUAUUGUUAUUCAUGUUUUCAAACAAUUCUUAUUUAUACUGCUAUUCAUGUUUCUAAACCGUACUAAAAUAUACUUCAGUUUUAAUAAUAUAAUAAAUAGAUGAUCUAUACCUAUGUCACUUUCCCUGGAAUGACAAAAUUAGUUUUCGAAAUACCUCUUGGCCUCCUCAUCAUUCCAAUUACCCUAAAUUAAGAAUAUGAACAUGAAAGAGCAUUAUAGCUAUAUAUAUAUAUAUAUAUAUAUAUAGUUGAUAUAGUGAGGUUCAGCGGGAUAUUGUAAAAUAUGUAUUCCAUCUUAUUAUAUAAAGUUUGAUUCUUCAAAGUUGCUAAUUAACAUGAUUACGACAUGUGUCAAUAAAAUUUUAAGAUUAUGACAUAUGUCAAAAAUAUGAUACAAUUAUCUUUUGUGUAGAAUUUAGAAAAAGAAAAUUCUCAUUACAAAAAUAGUCUUUUAAGUUCUCUUUAGGAUUUUAGAAAAGAAAAAUUACUAUUACAUAAUAUUUUACAAUUAUAUACUGUCAAAAAUAUUUGAUUGUAAUUUUCAUUUUUGAAAAAAAAAUAUAAACAAAAAUAAUUGUAAAAAGCUAUUUGGAAGUAAAUUAUUUUUUUUACAAAAAAAUAUAAUUUUGUUUUUAAAGAUACUAAGGAAAGACAUUUAUAAAAGAUAAAUAUUAACUUUUAAGAAAAAAAAAUAUUAAACAAAAACGAAUUAUAUAAAAUAUUACAAGUACAAUAAAUUAUUUAAUAAAAUCAUGAAGAAAAACUAACUAUAAAAUAAGCAAUAUUCCACAUCUAUAUUAAACUUAUCUUAUAUUAAAUCAUUUUAUUAAUUCACUAUUUUAAUGAUAUAUUUUCCUAAUAACAGUUUAAUUAAAAAUGAUUAGAAAAAUACUACAUAGUAAACACAAAAAAGUAAUAAUAUGACGAUGAAUUUUGAUUUGGUACUGACCAAGCAUAUAUAAAUAUCACUAACAAUGACCGUAAUAGUAAUAUAUUUUUAUUAGCAAACACGAAAAAUAUAUAUCAAACAUGUGUUUGAGUAUAUGACCAAACACAUAUAAAGACCAAUCACGACAACAUUCUAAUUUUAUUUUUGUUCAUUAAAUAGUUAGUGUCAUUUUUGUCAUCAAUUCUAUUUAAAAGAUUACUAUAAAGUAAAAUUUUAAAACUGUCGUUUUGUUAAGAUUUU